AUGGCUUCUCUCAAGUUUUCGGUACUCUGUUUCGCUAUAGCCGCCGUCGUUUUAUGCCCCGUGGAGGCCCAGCUCGACGACACGAGCUUGAAGCUAAUGACAGACGCUUUCGAAUGGCCGACGACAAUGUCUCUCUACGACGAGUUAGCCGAGGACGACGGCGGCUUCGUCGACCGCAGAUCUCUGUUCUGGAGGAAAACCCACUACUAUAUUUCGUACGGAGCCCUAUCCGCGAACAGAAUCCCGUGCCCGCCACGCUCCGGUAGGUCUUACUACACCCAUAACUGCUUCAAAGCUAGAGGCCCAGUUCACCCUUACAGCAGAGGCUGUUCCACAAUCAGCCGUUGCCGCCGCUGA